CACAUGUUCGACUAAAAAAUAAAAUAGUUUGAAUUCGUUUCUUUGAUUAUUUUUUCAAUCUGUAUUUCAUUUAAUUCAGUUUACUUCCGUUUCCCCUUUAUUUCAUUUAUUAGCAUGUUAGUUAGCUUAGCAUGUUAGUUAGCUUAGCAUGUUAGUUAGCUUAGCGCUAGCAUGUUAGCAGUUUGAUAUUAACAGACUUGUUUAAGAAAACGAAAAAAAACCAGCACAUUAUAAUAGCAACAAUGGAAUGGAUUCUACAAGUGAACUGAUUUAUUUAUUUAUUUAUUUAUAAACAGAAUAUUUCCCUUUCCAAGUUGGAGGACUCGUGUUAUUAUAAAUACGCAGAAGAUUUCAACGGAGUGCGAAAAGGGACAAAGGACAGAGACGCGUUUCGUAAAUGACUCACUGUUGAUUAGUAAAGACUGAUGUUUACUUGAUACUCUUCAGUAUUUCCGGUUUUCAUAUCUGUUGUGAUUCUGUUUCAUGCUGAUGAAGAGUUCAGAUGUCCAGUUAUGUGAUGAUGUUCAGGACCGUGUCCAGUUCUCCUCUGGCUCCUUCUGUGAAGGUCAAAUUAAUAACCGCUGGAUUUCACACCGCUGCAGAUGUGACAGAUGUGCAGCAGCUCCAGCUGUGUAAAGCAGGAUUAUCUCAGGUGGAGGCUGCUGAGGUGUUGCAGACUCUGCGUGAUGACUCCUUGCCCCUCCAGCAGAGGGCAGCGGUGCAGAGUCUGACAGCGCUGGAUCUCCUGCACCAGGAGGAGACGCGGGGCAACAUCGUCACCUUCUGUUCGGAGCUGGACGCUGUGCUCGGGGGCGGGAUUCCCGUGGGGAGGAGCACGGAGAUCUGUGGCGUCCCAGGCAUCGGAAAAACCCAGCUGUGUGUGCAGCUGGCUGUAGACGUACAGAUCCCGGUGUGUUUUGGAGGACUGGGGGGUGAAGCCGUGUUCGUGGACACUGAAGGUGGGUUUGUGGUGGAGCGGCUGGUGGGCAUGGCCCGAGCUGCGGUGGAGCACUGCACCGCUCUGGCUGAGGACCAAGAGCAACGUGAAGCUUUAGAGAGCUUCACCGUGGAGAAGAUCCUCUCCGGAGUCUUCCUAACGCGCUGUCAUGAUCACGUGGCUCUGCUCGCUGAGCUUCACCUCCUGCCUGACUUCCUGAGGAAACGUCCACAGGUGCGACUGGUGGUGAUUGACAGCGUGGCUUUCCCGUUCAGACACGAGCUGGAGGAUGUCUCUCAGAGGACUCGUCUCCUCAGCGGCUUUUCACAACAGCUCACUCGCUUAGCAUCGGCUCAGCACGGGCCAGCGGUGGUGUUGACCAAUCAGAUGACGACUAAAAUCUUGAGCGGUCAGUCCAGGCUCGUCCCCGCUCUGGGUGAGAUUUGGGGUCAUGGAGCCACACAGAGACUCAUCAUGCACUGGGAAGGAGCACAAAGGUUUGUGUCUCUGUAUAAAUCAUCAAGCCAGAGAGACGCCAACGUUCCCUACCAGCUCACGGCUGAAGGAUUCAGAGACACCACUGUUUCAGUGUCUUCUGUCCCGUCCCACAGUCCUGCAGCAGGAAGCCACAGUAAACGUCCUCGCAUUGAACAGCAGCACACAUAAUCUUUCUCCCCCUCACACACACACACACUGUGUGUACACAGGAAGAACUAAGCUACAGUCUGUUUUCUGGUGAACUGAUCUGUUGAACUUCAUCUAAAGCGCUCUACUCUGUCAGAAGCUUCAUUUUGUGACCUUAAAAGUCAUUAAUAUCAAUUUCACUGUUCAAAUUCUACACAAUUUCUAUUAAAACCUAAUCACUGGAAUAAUAACUGGUGUAAGUAUUGUAAUUAUAAUAGUUUAUUAUUGAGAUACAGUUUGAAUAUUAAGUGAUUUAUGUGUGUAACCAGUAUGUUUAAAUCACCGUAUAGAAAUCUUCCAGGAGGAGCUCAUUGUGUGCAGAUAUUUUUUUUUAUAUUUUAUAUAGCACAGCACCUUACUGCACUGUCUU